CUCAGUACGACAUCGCACGUUCAUUGGGACAGACGUGCUCCGAUUUCCGGUGGUAAAAGGACAGGUGUUUUAUAAAAUAUCAGGAAAUGAGUUCGGAACUCUUAGAGUUCAGCAAUAGUCAUUAGUUAUGCCUACAAGGAUAUGCGUGCUGCUGGGGCUUCUGUGCCUUGCAAGCUUCUGCUGCGGUAGUAAUGAGCCAGGGGAGGUGCUCCUGGUCAUCGCCUGUCCCCCGUAUUCUCUGCAGGCCAGCAUUGAGUGCUCAGCCUUAUCGGACAGCGUGCUGGAGCAGCAACGGGCACUGAAACUGGCGGGGAUCUUCCCCGAGGACUUUGUUCUGAAGGUCUAUGUGAUGCAUGAGCUCUUCAACUACUGGACCCUGCUGGACGCACUGCCUCAUCUGAGAGCCCAGGCACGUGUGCUGGGUGCGCGUACGGAAUGGAUUAUCUGGUGUCAACACAACACGCGUGUGUCCUCGCUGCGCGGCCUGCUCGAGCAACUGCGUCGUCAGGACUCGAGGGAGCUCGCUUUCUAUGGCCACGCUCUCUACGAUGCGGAGGCCACCAUCAUCCACCACUUCUCGAACUACAAGGAUCCCCAGCGGUUUCCAUACCCCAUGCUCAGCGGCGGAGUCGUUUUCACAGGUGCUCUGUUGCGAAGGUUGGCGGAUCUGGUUGCUCCUGGUGGCCAAAACAUCACCCUUCACAGCGACUUCUCCAUUGAUGCCUCUCACGAGCUGGCUCGCUUUAUUUUCGACAAUGUAUCGCCCGACCCGCAUAUUAGCACCCCGAUUUCCGGAGGAAUCCUGCUGAAAAGUGCCAGCUACAUAUGUCCCACACCCACGUCCGUGCCAAACAGGAAACUGCCUUGUCUGCUGCAUGCGCAGCCGGAGGAGCCACUGACUUUGGGGCAGCGGAGGAAUGGCUGUGAGCACACAACAGGAUCGCACAUAUACUUCGCCAUCAAAACCUGUGCGAAAUUCCACAAGGAACGCAUACCAAUCAUCGAGCGCACCUGGGCAGCCGACGCCCGGAACAGGAGAUACUACAGCGAUGUGGCAGACGUCGGCAUUCCGACAAUCGGCACUGGGAUACCCAAUGUGCAGGCUGGACACUGUGCCAAGACAAUGGCCAUUCUGCAAUUAUCCCUCAAGGACAUCGGCGAGCAAUUGGACAUCCGCUGGCUCAUGCUCGUCGACGAUGACACGUUGCUGAGCGUGCCACGCGUGAGCGCCCUCCUCUGCCGCCACAAUGCCACGGAGCUGGUGUACCUGGGCCAGCGCUAUGGCUACCGGCUGCACGCUCCCGACGGCUUCAACUACCACACUGGAGGAGCCGGCAUCGUGCUGAGCCUGCCGCUGGUGCGGCUCAUCGUGCAGCGAUGCAGUUGUCCCAGUGCCAGUGCCCCCGACGACAUGAUCCUGGGCUACUGCCUCCAAGCGCUGGGCGUGCCGGCGAUUCAUGCUGCCGGAAUGCAUCAGGCUAGGCCGCAGGACUACGCCGCCGAACUGCUGCAGCUGCAUGCGCCGCUGACCUUCCACAAGUUCUGGAACACGGAUCCGGAGCACACAUAUCGCCGCUGGCUCGGAGGCAGCCUGGUCAACCAGAGUGCCCCGCUGGCGGCGCACAAGGAGCAGCCCGCUGCCGGACCACUCCACAUGACGAUGGGGCGACAUUCCUUGGCCGCAGGCGUCGGAUUGCUGCAGGAAACGGGGCUGGGCAAGCACCUGGAUCUCUGAGCCGCUCUGAGAGAGGCCACGCUUCAGCUAAGCGUGUAUUUUUAAUGAAUUUGCGCCCACAUUUGUGCAUUAAUUACACACUCUGCAAGGAUAUCUGCCACUUUUUGCCGCUUUGAGCAUCAUAAAUGUACUCAGAAAAAACCCUUAACCCUUUCGGGCUGCGAUUAUGCUGAGGAAACAUAUUUAUUUAAGCUGCGGUAGCAUUUUCUAAUUGCUUCGAAAUUUUCCAUUAGGGUCACAAAUUAUCGACCCUUAAUGCGAAAAGGGUGAACGUGACUCGCAUUGAAAUUUAAAAGAAGUGCCAAAAGGAACAUUUUCUGCGGAUUAUUAUUUACAGUAUGUAAAGAGUACCACAUCUUAUUUAUAACAUAUAUUUAUUUUAUUUGCAGAUUAAUGCCUCACACUAAUAAUUUAUAUGUAAAAUUUCUU